CACUUUCUGUCGUCAUCCUCCAGCCAUCAUAACAAGCAAAGCACCCAGUUCAAGGCAGCCUCACCUCACCUCACCUCACCUCACCUCACCUCACCACCGGCCCACCAUCAAGUUGUGCGUGUAUCGCAGCGAUGAGCAGCAACAACGUGAGCGAUAUCACCCGGUUCGUGGCGCCACACCUGGCCAAGGCCACAUACAAGGGCGUCGAGACCGUGGAAGCCAUUGCCAAGGAGGUCGGCCUUCCCGUCGAGAAGCUCGUCAAGCUCAACGCCAACGAGAACGUGUACGGCGCACCACAGCAAGUUCUUGAUGCCAUCACAAAGGUGCAGCACCAUGUGUACCCGGACCCUUCACAAGUCAAGCUGCGUAAGGCAGUCGCCGGCUUGAUGGGCGUGACUCCGGAAAACGUGUGCUGCGGUGCGGGCUCUGAUGAUCUCCUUGACAUUAUCAUUCGCAUGGUCAAUCCCAAGGCCAUUGUCACCAGCACGCCCACUUUUGGCAUGUACAGCUUCCUUGGCAGCGUUGCGAAUGUGGACGUGAUCAACGUUCCCCGCAAUGAUGACUUUACUGUCGAUGUCGAUGCUGUUCGUCAGGCCAUUCGCGACAACGGCGCCAAGAUUGCGUUCUUGGCGUCACCAAACAACCCCACAGGGACGCUGCUCCCAAAUGCAGACGUUGAGACGCUCGCUCAGGAGGACUGCCUGAUCAUCGUGGAUGAGGCGUAUGCUGACUUUUGUGAUGAGACAGCCAUGUCUCUCUUUGGCAAACACGACAACCUCAUCAUCUGCAGGACAAUGAGCAAAUGGGCUGGCCUCGCUGGUCUUCGUCUCGGUUUCGCUGUUGCUCACAAGGACCUCGUGUCGGUUAUGAUGGCAAUCAAGCAGCCGUACAACGUGAACACGGCUGCGGAGGCGGCAGGACUGGCAGCCAUUGAGCACCGAGAAGCCAUCAUGGUCACCGUCAGAGCAAUGCGCCAGGAGCGCGAUCGCCUCUUCAACGAACUCAAACAGUUUUCGUGGCUGCGACCCAUCCCAUCUUCAGCAAACUUCACGUUGAUUGAGGUCACCGGCGAUAGGAGCGCCCACGACGUGUACAUGGCGCUGCGGAAACGCGGAAUCAUCAUCCGGUUCUUUGGGUCGCAGGGCGGCAAUCUCAACAACUUCAUUCGCAUCUCCGCAGGAAAGCCAGAGCACACAGACGCCGUGCUUGCAGCGCUCAAGGCAAUCGAGCAGGACGCAUGAUGUGAUGUGCACCACGCGUGCAUGAAUUCAUGUGAGCUUCAAGAUCCGUCUGGCUUUCCACACGGUGGCUGACCCGUCACACCGAGUCACUCUCAAAUGUUUUUUUCUCUUCCCGACCUCCUCUCUCCUCCUCCUCUCCUGUCUCUUUUGAUUGUUCGCUUCCCAUUUCGCUUUCAUGUCGCGAUCAGUCCGACAAUCAUCUGUGCUUACUUGCUCUGUGUGUGUGUGUGUGUGUGUGUGUGUGUGUGUGUGUGUGCGCACGCGUUGUUGUGGUUGAUUUUCCCGCCAUGGCGUGUUGUGCGCGUAGGCUUGGCAAGCGCCCUGUGCUUCAUCAAAGCAUUGACAUGACAAGUUGUGUCGCGUUCUAAACUGUUUGAUGGAGAGAUGGCGGCAAAUAACAGAAGAGAGCAUGAGGAAGAACAAAGAUGGG